UGUUUCCCCACCUCCAACCUCCAAAGUAGGCAGCGAAAAAGCAGAAUGUAUAAUUUUUAAUUUAAUUACAAAUAGUUCGUCGUGCCAGAUCUCGAUUCUCGUUAUUCCACAACAGUCCGAAGUUAGGGAAAACAGGUGAAAAGCAGAGGAGGAACUCGUUGAAGUCGUUGUUGCCUGGUUUUCCAAUCGCCGCGGAUUGAAGAAAGUCCCCCAACGAACGAGGAAAAAAGUGGGUGAAAAUGCCGAGGAAAAUGGGCGGAAAGCGGGGUGCAACGCUGGCGUUGCUCUUCGCCUGCGGAUUGCUGUUUAUAAGUACGGCUAAAGCCGCCGAUUCGGGUCCGGAAUCGGAUGACUUCGAGGAUGGAUAUGUGGAAGAUGUUCAGGAGGAGCCAGCUGCCGCUGAAGGCGAUGAGAAGUUGGUCUACGAGAGCCCGGUGAUCGAUCCCAAGAAGUUCCACUUUGCGGAUCACUUCGAUGACGUGGAGGCCUCCAGGAAGAAGUGGGUCCUGUCGCAGGCCAAGAAGGACGACAUUGCCGAGGAGAUCUCCAAAUACGAUGGCAUCUGGAACUGGGAGUCGCCCCAGCGCAUCGUUUGGGCGAAUGACCUGGGCCUGGUGCUCAAGUCGAAGGCCAAGCAUGCGGCCAUAUCCGCCCCCCUGCGCCAGCCCUUCGAGUUCAAGCAAGACAAACCGCUGGUGGUGCAGUACGAGGUCACGUUGCAGGAGGGUCAGGAGUGCGGUGGCUCGUAUCUGAAGCUUCUGUCCGCCGGAAAAGACACGGAACAACUCAAAGCCUUUAAUGACAAGACACCCUAUACCAUCAUGUUUGGACCGGACAAGUGCGGCAACGAUGUGAAAAUGCACUUCAUAUUCCGGCACGUCAAUCCAAUUAAUGGCACCAUCAGCGAGAAGCACUGCAACAAGCCAAAGAACCGUUUGGAGGAGCCAUUCAAGGACAAACUACCGCAUCUCUACCAGCUGGUGGUGCGUCCCGACAACAGCUUCGAGAUUCGCGUGGACCACAAGAUUAUCAACGAGGGAUCCCUGCUGACCGACUUCAAGCCCCCGGUUAACCCGUCGGCGGAGAUCGACGACCCCAAUGACCGCAAACCGGAAGCGUGGGACGAGCGCGAGAAGAUCCCAGACCCCACGGCCCACAAGCCCGAGGAUUGGGACGAGGAUGCUCCACCACAGCUGCCCGACACCAAUGCCGUCAUGCCCGACGGUUGGCUGGAGGAGGAGCCCGACAUGAUUUUCGAUCCGACGGCCAGCAAACCCGAGGAUUGGGAUGCCGAAAUCGAUGGCGAGUGGGAGGCACCGUUGGUGGACAAUCCCGUGUGUGAAAAGGCCGCCGGCUGUGGCAAGUGGAAGGCUCCGCUCAUCCCCAAUCCCAACUACAAGGGCAAGUGGCGUGCACCGAUGAUCGAGAACCCCAACUACCAGGGCAAGUGGGCUCCCAGGAAGAUCGCCAAUCCUGACUUCUUCGAAGAUCUCAAGCCUUUCCAAAUGACGCCCAUUAGCGCUGUGGGUCUGGAACUGUGGUCCAUGUCCAGCGACAUCCUCUUCGACAAUCUGAUCAUCACGGACGAUGUGGAGGUGGCUCGUGACUUUGCCGCCAACAGUUUCGACAUCAAGCGUCGCUACAUUGAUCGCGAAUCGGACUCAUUCGUCAAUAAGGUAGUCGAGCUAGCCAAGACCUAUCCCUCGAUCUGGGGCAUUGGCCUGGUGGCCAUUGUGGCGCUGGUUGCCAUCACCAUGUACUGUAGAUUUGGUUCCGCUAAGAGUCAGGACUCGGCUGCCAAAAAGGCUGCUGCCGAGGCCAAGAAGUCCGACGAACCGCAACCGGAUGAUGAGCCCGAGGCUGAGGAGGAGGAAAGCGAUCGGGCCGCUGGGGAUUCCAGCAAGGAGAGCACGCCACUGUCCGCUAGUCCCAAGAAGAACCAAAAGUCUGAUUUAGAUGAUAACGAGGAGGAGACCAAGGCGGCGGAGAAUCAAGAAGAGCCCGCACAGACUGAGGAAACUACCACAAAAACACGCAAGCGUCAGGCGCGCAAGGAGUAAAGCGGGCAUCCUCAGAAGCCGAAUCCAAAACAAAUACUAAAAAUCUAAAACAAACUUAAUCCAAUUCCAAAUGCCAGCGGCUGCAGAAACAUCGAAUCAAUCUAGCAUACAUUUUAAAUAUGUUGAAUUUUCGCCAUGGCAGCCGACACACAUCUCCCUCAAACAAAACAUCCACACAAACUCACAUACGGAGAAACACCCACACAUAUGGAGAAAUAAACACACACUCUCACACUGUAAACAUACAGAUUUUAGUGAAGUCUAUAAUUUAAUUUAAUUGUUUACACGGUUCGGUUUAGUCAACUCUAUACGUACUUUGAUGUACUAUCGUUGCAUUUCUGUCGUGUUCGACCCUCUGUCACCUUCUAUAUCUCCUGUAUUCCCUUUCCCCCAGAAUCAACUUGCUUUAUAUUGUUUAGUUGAAGUGCUUAAUUCUCAACCCCAGAGAGACCUUUUGAUUUUGUGUAAAAAUAAAAGACACCAACUAGACAAUUGAGGGAAACAAAAACAAAACAAAAAACA